ACUAUCCCUAAAAGCUAAAACACACACGUAAACAAACUUUAUUAAACCAAUACACUUUCCCUCUCUCCCUCAGCUAUAAAUAGGCCAUCAAAAUGAAACUUAUGUCUGCAAAUUAUUAAAGAGAGAAGCCACUGGACUAGAAGAGAGCUUCCUCUAUCACUCAAUUACUUUUCUCCUUUUAAUUUCCACAGAAAGGUGCAUUGGCUAACGAGUUUUGCUCGAGAAGUGAUCAAAAUCAGAGAGUCAUGGCUGAAGGUAGCAAUGUAGCUUGCACUGAGAGAAGAUGGAAGUUACCAAUCUUCGUUUUCUUCGAAGAUAUUAGGCAUGUCUUCAAAUUUGAUGAUCUUGGCAUGGAAAUCUUGCGUAUUGCGUUCCCUGCAGCACUUGCAUUAGCAGCUGAUCCAAUUGCUUCACUCAUUGAUACAGCAUUCAUUGGUCAUUUAGGGUCAGUUGAAAUUGCAGCAGUAGGAGUUUCAAUUGCUAUAUUCAAUCAAGCCUCUAAAGUCACAAUAUUCCCCUUAGUCAACAUAACUACUUCAUUUGUUGCUGAGGAAGAUACUGUUAGAAGAAUUACUGAAGAAGCAGCAAUAGCUGAUUUGGAGAAUGGCAAACAGGAGAAAGAUGAUACAAAAGUUCUAGUACCAACUGAUGAAACUGACAGUGAGAAGAUGGGAAAAUGUGCAUCCACCAGUAACGAAACCAAAGAGUCCGCGCCAGCACCAGAAUUUAAGACGACAAAAUGUGAGUCUUCGGAUAAUCAAAGUAAAGGCAAACCCAAACGAGUGAAGCGACAUAUUCCAUCAGCUUCAACUGCAAUUCUCAUGGGCUGCAUUCUCGGCCUUCUGCAGACGAUCUUUCUCAUAUUUCUAGCAAAACAAAUUUUAAGCUUAAUGGGUGUGAAAUCUGAUUCUCCUAUGCUUUCCCCAGCAAAGAAGUAUUUGACCCUGAGGGCACUUGGAGCUCCUGCAGUCCUCCUUUCUUUGGCUAUGCAAGGCGUUUUUCGUGGUUUCAAGGAUACAAAAACUCCAUUAUUCGCUACUGUUGCUGGAGAUUUGACAAACAUAAUUUUGGACCCAAUCUUUAUUUUUGUUUUCCAUUGGGGUGUUAGUGGUGCAGCCAUUGCUCAUGUUCUUUCUCAGUACUUGAUAUCACUUAUUCUCCUAUGCAAACUGAUGAGAGAAGUUGAGUUAUUACCUCCUAGUGCGAAAGAUCUGCAGUUCAGCAAAUUUCUCAAGAAUGGAUUUUGGUUACUAGCAAGGGUGAUAGCUGUCACAUUUUGUGUGACAUUGGCUGCAUCACUAGCUGCACGAUUAGGCGCAACACGGAUGGCUGCAUUUCAAGUGUGCUUACAAAUCUGGUUAACAUCAUCUUUACUUGCUGAUGGAUUGGCUGUAGCAGGACAGGCCAUCCUUGCUACUUCUUUUGCUGAAAAGGACUUCCAGAAGGCGAAGGCUGCAGGAGUUCGAGUCCUUCAGAUGGGAUUUGUCUUGGGAUUUGGACUUGCUUUGCUAGUAGGAAUCGGUCUAUAUUUUGGAUCAGGGGUUUUUUCAAAGGACAAAAAUGUUAUCCGUCUCAUAACCAUUGCCAUCCCGUUUGUAGCUGGUACACAACCAAUCAACUCAGUAGCGUUUGUGUUAGAUGGUGUCAACUUUGGAGCCAACGAUUUUGCAUACUCUGCAUAUUCCAUGGUUUUGGUUGGUGCACUAACCAUAACAUCUGAGUUUGUUCUUUCCAAAACCAAUGGUUACAUUGGAAUAUGGAUUGCAUUAACCAUAUUCAUGAUCCUACGUACAUUUGCCGGUUUGUGGAGGAUGGGGACAGGAACAGGACCCUGGCAUUUUCUGCGUGUUCCUUCGAUGUCAUCAGAAGCCAAGUGAUAGAGUUGCUACCACCUAUAUAUGUUGCUAAAUAUAAAAUCUUCCAUCAUUUAUUCCCCUUUGAACUUGUACUUUUGUUUUUUUUUUAUAUUGUGUACAGGGUAGAAAUUAUACACACUUUUCUACUCAUGUGUUAUAUGUUUGUAUAAUAGCAAAGUCGUUUUCAUAUGAUUUUGCAUCGGAUGGGCUGGCAGCUAGAUAUAUUAAUAUUAAUACUACAAAAUAUAAGGGAGGAUAUCCACAUUUUAGUCCUCAGCAUAAUUUUUUUUGUCUCUUGUCAAAUGUUUUUUUGACUUUGACUUUGACAUUGAAAAUGUAUGUACGAUCAUAUGGAAUUCUCUUAUAUAACCGAUUUCCUUCGAAAGUUCUCUGUAA